AUGGAGACAACUAUUCCAAUGAGGCGACAACUACCAAAACUAAUGGCUUGUAUGACUAAGAAUAGUCUAGAAAAUCUAAGAAACAGGGCCUUGUUUAGCUUAGACGCGUUAGACGCUAAAGGAAUCCGAAGACGAAAAUUUCCCCUCCACGAAUGCCUUAUUUUGGAACUGAGAGAAAGCGGUUAUUCUGAAUCCUCGGACUACCUGCAGGAUCUUAUUUAUGACAACAUACAGCUAUUAAUGGAAGACGACAUUGGUAUUGUUGUUGAUUUGAGGAAAAGGGAAGAUUAUCUAGAAUAUAUUAGCGCAGGCUUAAUCAGAGCAGAAAAAUAUCGCGACAAAGAAAAUACAAAGAAGGAAUGCCUUGAACUAUUAAAUCUUGCAUUGCAUUAUGCCGAAGAAGGAAAAGGAAUUUUGUGGCUAGCGGAGAAGUUCUUUUUAGCGGCCAUUGCUGUCUCUAGCCAAUACUUACUAGACGGAGGGCGACUGAAAGGCUGUUGUAAAUACCACUACGCUAGUUUCUUGCUUGACAAGUUUCCAGACGCUGAUCCGGAAGAACCGUUUGUCAUUCUUACAGAAGUAAGAGACAGUGCUAUCGGAAAGGAUUGGCCUUUAUAUGAUGAAGGUGAGGAAGAAGCAGCAGCGGUAGUACCCGACUCCGUGUUUUCUGCAACAGCAGUACAGCUACAUCGUGUUUUACUUAGUAAGGCACGUGUAGCUCGGGACGUGGAUCCCGCUAAAUCAGAGAGACUAUCGAGACUCGCUGAAAGAAGAGCACGUGAUGCCGAUGACACUCCAAAGACAGCCGAGGCGAUAAUUGAAAUUGGUAUAAGUCAGUUAAUGAUGAAUAAUCUAAAUAAUGCCCAAAAGACAUUUCUUAGAGCACUUAAUAUUUAUCAAGAAAGCGGUAACGUGGAAGGCUUGUGCGAGACAAAGAUGCACUUAGCGGCCGUUAUGCAAAGAUUAGGCGAACAUGAAAUGGCUGCCAAAUUUCUUACGGAAAUGGGUGCUUUGGCUAUGGAGCACGGUCUUCGAAGACAAUUAGGCCGAGCUUUGCAUCUACUAGGAGAACUACAUUUGAGACGAGAGAGACCAGAAUUGGGCACACAACAUCUGACCGAAGCGUUUCAGUGUUUUAUGGGAUUAAAUUGGCAAAAUCCAACAGAAGCAUCCGUAAGACACGACAAAGGAACAGCGAGUGGAUUAGACGUUAUAUAUAAAACCGAUGCUAUAGAAAUUUAUGAAGAAGAAGCGGAACAAUCAAGAUUGAUGAUGGCUAUAUCAGCUGGUCAAGAAUUGAUGUCUUCCUUUUUCAAUUUGAUAAGAGAGUCUGGUAAAUGCACUGUUGCUAAAAUAAAAAUGAUCGAGUGGAAAUUAUCACGAGCUGGGUGGUGGGUCGCAAAACAACAUCACGAAUACAUUCCUUGUACGUGUCCAGUCCAUAACAGAACACCGCUGGAUGUGUUACGGAUUCAAUUGGAGAAGAGGAAUAUGGUAACAGAAAAUUCAGAAGCUGGUGGAUUAUUAAAUAGGACAGAUACUGUUGAUGACAUUAGAAAGUUGAGAAGUAGUAUCGCCUAAUGUUGAGUUAUGUUUAAUAUUAUAUAAUGAAAUACUUUCUAACAUU